AUCAUAAAUCAUUUCGAAAUCAGCUCUCAUUCCGUUCCUGCACUGAGAUGUCGCAGCAACUAAAACUAAACGUUACCGCAAUAAAAGAAGCAGCGUCUAUCGAUCAGGAGGAAUCAGAUCGAUGAGAAGGUGAUCACUAAUGAUCGUCAGCUGAAUCUGAGGCGACGUUAUGGCUUCAUCAGGAACCGUUACAGAUGAACCUCUGAAGCGCAGCAGCAGCUCUGAAUUACUGCAUCCAACCAUGUCUGAGCUGAGGGUUGUUCUGUUGGGGAACAGCUGGGCUGACAGGAGUUCUGCUGCGAACCUCCUACUGGGAAAGAUCAGGUUCAGCUCUGAUGAAGAACCAGGCGGCUGUCAAAAAGUCUUUGAACUGUUAGAGGACAAAAACAAAGAGAAAAAAAUAACUGUCAUCAACACUCCAGAUCUGCUGCUCCCCAACAUCUCUGUCAACAAACAGUCACAACAUUUACAGGAAUGUGUGAGACUCUCUGAUCCUGGACCUCAUGUGUUCCUGCUGGUUCUACAGCCUGAAGGCUUCACUGAGGAACACAAACUGAGGCUUCAGUCAGUCCUUGAGCAGUUCAGUGACAAGUCAUUUGAUCAUUCACUGGUUCUGAUAUCAAACCCGAAAGACGAGAGUUCAGUCUCCAUUGAAAGAUACAUGGAGGAUCCACUGUUAAAAGACAUUAUGACCAAAUGUAGAGACAAGUUGUUGUGGCAGAAGAACCUUGAACAUCGACAACUGUUAACAGUUAUAGACAACAUGUUGAAGAAGACCAAUGGAGAUCAUAUGAGCUGUGAUCUUUUCAUAGAUGCAACAUCUGAUUCACCUGCUGGUCCUCCAGGAGAAGUAGUCGAUGUCGGCUUGGAUCCUGCUGAUUCUGCCCAUGAACUCAGGAUUGUGUUGUUUGGAAAAGGUGAUGACAAAAAGCUAGCACUGGGAAACAUCAUUGUUAGGAAGAAAGAGUUUUAUGUCUCAAGAUUCUCUGCAAGAAAACAGUGUGAAGCUGCUUAUGGAACGUGGAACAUGAAACCUUUAACAGUAGUGAAAACUCCAGACGUCUUCAGUCUGUUUGUGGAAACAGUGAGAGAAGCGAUGAAGAGAUGUGUGGAUCUCUGUUCUCCUGGACCAAAUGUUCUGCUGCUGUUAGUGACACCUUCAGAUUUCACUGAAGAAAACAGAAAAACUCUGAAGUUCAUCCUGAGUCUGUUUGGUGAAAACGUCUUCAAACACUCCAUGAUCAUCAUGACUCAGAACAAAGACAAACGGAAUCAGUCGGUGGAAAACCUCCUCCAAGACUGUGAACAAAAGCAGCACAGCAUCAAUCUUGAUGAAAAGAAUCCUUCAGGUCAUGAUGUUGAAGAGUUAAUGCAGAAAAUGGAAACUAUAGUGAGUGACCUCAGGGGAGGAUAUCUGACACUGACUGAAGAAGAGGAUCAGACAGUGAUGAAAAAGUCCAAACCUCCUCUGAACCUGGUCCUGUGUGGUAGAAGAGGAGCUGGGAAGACUUCAGCAGUCAACGCUAUUCUGGGACAAAAAAGGUUUGGUCGAACCAAAGACUCAUCAGAGUGUGUUAAAACCCAGGGAGAGGUGUGUGGACGUCGGGUUUCCCUGCUGGAGCUGCCUGCCUUGUAUGGAAAACCUCAGGAGGCAGUGAUGGAGGAAUCAUUCAGGUGUAUCUCCCUCUGUGAUCCUGAGGGCGUCCAUGCCUUCAUCCUGGUCCUACCUGUGGGUCCCCUCACUGAUGAAGACAAGGGAGAGUUAAAGACCAUCCAGAACACAUUCAGCUCUAAAGUCACAGACUUCACCCUGAUUCUGUUCACUGUGGAGUCAGAUCCUACAGCUCCACCUGUUGUUGACUUUAUCAGACAGAGCAGAGACAUCCAGGAGCUCUGUCAGAGCUGUGGAGGAAGAUACAUCAUCUUCAACAUGAAGGACAAGCAGCAGAUCCCAGAGCUGCUGGAUCAAGUGGACAAGAUGAGACUGUCAGAUCAGAAACCUCACAGCUACACAACAGGAACGUUUGCUCAUGGACAAAUGGAAAAGAUCCUACAGCUAGAAGCAGUCAUCGCCAAACAACAGACUGAAAUCAAGAAACUGCAACAAUUUGAUGUGGUGAAAGCUGAUGAAGAGCAGCAGAGCUCAGAGAGUCUCAGGAUUGUUCUGAUCGGGAAGACUGGCAGUGGAAAGAGUUCUUCAGGAAACACCGUUCUGGGAAGAAGAGAGUUUGAAGCUCUACCAAGUCAAACUUCAGUCACCAAAUGUUGUCAGAAGUCAGUGGGUAAAGUGGACGGACGUCCUGUUGUGGUGGUCGACACUCCUGGACUGUUUGACACAAGUUUGUCAAAUGAAGAAGUAAAUGAAGAGAUGGUGAAAUGCAUCAGUCUUCUGUCUCCAGGACCACAUGUCUUCCUGCUGGUGUUACAGAUCGGCAGAUUCACAACAGAGGAGAAGGAAACAUUAAAUUUAAUCAAGAAAAGUUUUGGGAGGGAUUCAGAAAAGUUCACCAUCAUCCUUUUAACUAGAGGAGAUGAAUUGGAGGAGAUUGACCAAUCUGUUGAAGAUUACAUUCAGAAAUGUGAUGAUUCCUUCAAGAAGCUGAUCUCUGACUGUGGAGGAAGAUACCACGUGUUUAAUAACCGCAUUAAACAAAACCAAACACAAGUCAGUGAGCUGAUAACAAAGAUCGACUCCAUGGUGAAGGAAAAUGGAGGAAGCUGUUUCACCAAUGAGAUGCUGCAAGAAGCUGAAGCAGCGAUACGGAAAGAAAUGAAGAAAAUCCUGAAGGAGAAGGAAGAAGAGAUGAAGAGAAUGAUGGAGGACCUGGAAAGAAAACAUGAGGAAGAAAAAGAAGAAAUGAAAAGAAGAAUAGAAGAACAGGCAGCAGAAAUGGAGCUUGAAAGACAGCAGAGAGACAAAGAACUCCAAGAACUGCAGGAAAACAUCAACAGGCAAUCUGAAGAGAGGAAGAAGGAACAAGAAAAGAGAGAAGAAGAAGACAGGAAGAAAAGAGAGGAUGAAGACAUUCAACAACAGAAAUGGAAACAAAACAUUAUUGAUCUGGAGGAAAAACUAAAAUCAGAGUCAGAAUCAAAGGAAACGAUUGACAGAGAGCUGAAACGGUAUAGAGAAGAACUGGAGAAGCAACAAAAGGCCUGGGAGGAGGAAAGGGAUGAUCUGAGGGACAAACAAAAACAAGAAGAUGAAGAGAAACAAGAAACACUCAGGAAACUCCAAGAAAAAUAUGACCAGGAAACAGAAAAAUAUGAAAAUCAAAGAAGAGAAGACAACAGAAUCAGAAAAGAACAGGAGGAGAAAGAGAGGAAAGAACUGGAGGAAAGCUAUAAGACAGAAAUUAUGAAUUUGAAGAAGAAGUUUGAAGAGGAUGCCAGAAAACAAGCUGAAGAAUUCAAUGAUUUCAGUGAAAAAAGGGAGAAAGACUUUGCAGCUCGGAUAGACGAACACAUGGAAGAAAUCAAGGAUGUGAAGAAAAACCUGCAGGACAAGAAGGACGAAUAUGAAACAUUUAAGAAACUGUCAGAACACAAAGAAAGAAGUCAAAAGCAAGAAAUCAAUGAACUGCAGAACAAACACAAAGGAGAAAUGGCAGAUUUAAUACUGGCCCUGUUGACCCAGAAGAAGGAAAAUAAGAAAAAAUAAAAAUGAUGCAGGAAUUGCACCGAAAAGAGGUGGAAAGACUUAAAAAAGAUCUGUCAGCAGAAAACAAAAAAGAAGAGAAAGAAGAAAUUGACAAACUGAAGAAAAAGCAUAAACAAAAAAUGAAGGAGUUGGAUCGCUCAACUCAGCCAAAAGAAGAAAAGACGGCAGAAAAGAAAAGACUGUCCAUCAAACACGACCAAGAGAUCAAUGACUUGAAACUGAAUCUGUUAAACCAACAGAAUCAGAAACAGAAAGAAAAACUGAAGCAGUUACAGAAACAACAUGAGGA